UUUCCUUUCCUUCGCUUUUUUUGCUCAAAACUAUCACAAGGUGCUACUGUUCCACUAACACCUAUCUCCGAUUUCUUACUAAACUCGUCCCUCGGAUUUCCAUAUGGACUUUAUGCCUCGAUACGCCUAUAAAACCACACAAACCGCCGUAUACCACGCCCAUACCAAUCGAUCCAGGUCCAAAACCAUACUUGAGUGACAGAAUUUUCACCUCGACGAGGAUCACUUGCUGAAUAGCUCUUGAUACUUCUUGAUUACCACAAAACUUGCACACGACCUUGCAGGUUUUCCUCGUCGACUCGCACGAAUCUAAGCGCAUUUGCGCUCAGCACAACCGACUCCAUUUCUGCGCUUCCCCAGUAACCCUCCGCCAAAAUGAUGAACCACGCUCGAGUCAAGGCCCUCAAGAGUGACGGGAAAACCGUCUCCAAAAAGGCCAUCAAGUCAGGCCGCGCUUCGGCUAACCUAACUCCCCAUGGCUCCCCUUUCGCUUCGCUUCUUACGUCACCGGCGCAUUCCGCAGCUCCCAGUAGGGCAGCCUCUGACGAGAGCGAGGAUGAGUUCGAGUACGAUGAUACCAUGAGCAUUGCAUCCGCAAGCUCUCUGGUCGAUACGAACGACGACGGUACCAACACUUUCGACGCCAAAAAGUUUAUGGAGGAACUCCAGGAUCGCAAGCACAACAACAGCGAUGCCCGAACACAACUAUUAGAACUCUACAUCAAGGUUCUACGACAUCGCUUUGCGCCGGCUACUCAUGAGUGGCUUGACGAGUCUGCCAAUGAACUUGCCGAGCUCUUCGUUCGUGGCGCCAAUCGUGGCAUGGAAGCUAGAGAGCGACUGCUAUACCUCCAAGCGUAUCUCCUGACCCUCAGUUCUUCUGAGGAAGUCGACGUUUAUGAGCAUGGCGAAGGAACUCUCAAGCAGAUCAUAGCCGAUGACGACGAUGAAGAGUGCAAGGCAUUUGGCAUCUAUGCGCUGUGCUUUACCGUCCUCUACGGCGGUGGUGGCGAGACAGAGGCUCUCGAGUUGCUUGACUACUUGUACGCCAUUAUCGAGUCUGAUGGCGAUAACAUCGACUCAUUUGAUAAUGGAUUCAUUGUCGCAGCUGCCCUGAGAGGUUGGUCUUUUGUUGCCAGCCAUGUAGAUGACUUCUCUUAUGCGGCUACCAUGGCUUUGGACGGAUUCUACGAACAACUCGACAGCGUCGAUGUUGGAGUUCAGACCAACGCUUCUGCCUGCAUUGCAUUGAUCUUUGAAUCAGCGCGAAACCACGAGGAGGAGACUGGAGAGUCAUGGGAUCUCCCUGUCAACCCAGAGAAGCUUACAGGCCGCAUGUCAGAGCUUGCCAAGCAGAGUUCCAAAUCUGUAUCCAAGAAGGAUCGUCGCGACCUUCGAGACAGUCUGAUCAGCGCCAUUACGUCCCUGGAAAAGGGCGUAGGCCCUGGAUACUCGUCCGCUGGGUACACUCCCCAAAAGGGCGAACGCCUUGCCUCCAAGCCUAAUGAGGAUGGUGUUGUCGAGUUUGGGUACCGUCACAAGCUUCGCCUCGGCAAUUAUGUGGCUGUUAUCGAUUCGUGGUCACUCUCUUCCCGAAUCGACAUGAUGAGACUUCUUUUCGGAGGUCACCUGCAAAAACACAUUUUCGAAAAUCCUGUCGUGGCCGAGUGUCUCAGCGACGCCGACUUUACCGAGCAGGGUUCUAGGAAAUAAACCCGAAGUAUAUGUUGCAUCCGGGCUUUUUUUAUGCUUAUAGGUGUUUUGCUGGGGCGUUUUGUUACAGAGAUUCAAUACCUGGUUGUGUUUCGGUGCAUUGAAUUGGAGGGUUUGGUCACGGCAUGUUGUUCCAAAUUGUGCAGCAUCUUGUUUGGCAGAUACAGAGCUAGAUCGAGAACAGUCGGCUAAUUUGAGACCUGCUGUCUUUUUUAUUUUGAGGGUUUGAAAUUAGAGUCUGUUUGCGAUUGUCAAUAAAGUGUCUUGAAAUGGUUUCCUUUUGUCUUGUUUCUUUGGGCAUACAUUCAAAUGGGUU